UCGCCAGUGAUGUAACCCUGUGGAGCUAUAUAAAGAUCGAGAGGAACCGGGCUAGAUCAGUUUACCGGUGGGGGUGGGGGGAGGGGGGUCUCCCAUUUUGGGAGACGGGAGCGCCGGCCCCCCAGUCCCGUUCGUUCCAGGGCACCGCUCGCUUCACAGUUUUGGCCGGGUAGCGUAGUCCAAACAAACAGCCAACAUGGACGCGAUCAAGAAGAAAAUGCAGGCGAUGAAGAUGGAGAAGGACUCCGCGAUGGACAAGGCGGACACCUGCGAGGGUCAGGCCAAGGAUGCCAACAUGCGUGCGGAUAAGGUCCUUGAGGAUGUGCGGGAACUCCAGAAGAAACUGACCCAGGUCGAGGGUGACCUGGAGACAAACAAGAAGAACCUGGAGCAAGCCAACAAGGACCUUGAGGAGAAGGAAAAGCUGCUCACUCAGGCUGAAGCGGAAGUAGCCGCCCUCAACAGGAAGGUCCAGAUGAUUGAGGAGGAUCUGGAAAGGUCUGAGGAAAGAUCCGGCCAAGCCCAAACCAAGCUGGCUGAAGCCUCCCAAGCCGCCGACGAGGCCAAGCGAAUGUGCAAAGUACUGGAGAACCGUAGCCAACAGGAUGAGGAGAGGAUGGACCAACUGACCAACCAACUGAAGGAGGCUAGGAUGUUGGCUGAGGACGCUGAUGGAAAGUCUGAUGAGGUCUCCAGGAAGCUGGCCUUCGUUGAAGACGAGCUGGAAGUAGCUGAGGACCGAGUAAAGUCUGGAGACUCAAAGAUCAUGGAGCUGGAAGAAGAGUUGAAGGUUGUCGGAAACAGCUUGAAGUCUCUGGAAGUCUCAGAAGAAAAGGCUAACCAGCGAGUUGAAGAAUACAAGCAACAGAUCAAGCAGCUCACUGUCAAGCUCAAAGAAGCCGAGGCUCGUGCUGAGUUUGCUGAGAAGACCGUCAAGAAACUGCAGAAGGAGGUCGACAGGCUGGAAGAUGAAGUCCUGAAGGAGAAGGAGAUCUACAAGGAUAUGGUGAACGACAUCGAUCAGACAUUCUUGGACAUGGCCGGCAUUUAAGGGAUUCCAACGAACGAAUGCAUCACGAUUUAUUAUUUUACCACCAAAACAUCCUGUACUGCAUUACCCAAAGUGUCAUCUUUGUUACAGAAACACAUUAACAAAGUUUUUUUUUCAAACACUUGUAUAGAAUUUCAUCUAUAGGUUUAAAAUAAAUCAAUGCAUUUAUUUGAAACUACUAAUAAAUGGAUUGUUGCCAAGAAUGGUUUUGAUUGCCGAAAAUAAAUUUUUGAUCUUCCUAGUACGGAGCAUAUAGUUUGAUUAAGUAUAAAGCAUUCACAAAAUGCUUAUAUGACAGAUAAACAACUAUGUACAAUAUUUGCUUAAUGUAUGUUUACGGGAAAUGUUAUGAAUGACGUAAAAAGCUGCGAGGAGUGUUUCGCAUUUUAUUUUUGCUUUUAUUUUACCAUAGAGAAACAGACACAGAAAUUAACACAUUUAAUCUUAAAAACUUAGUUUAAUAAGAUCUUCACCGCAUUUUUUUGGAAUAAAGCAUUUUGCUUCAUGUUUCCUAGAAUAAUCCUGUAUCGUGUCAUUAAAAUAGGACUGUUUAGUUUUAAUCUACCGUUCUAUACGAAGAAAACCCAACUCUUAAAACCUGUAAUUAAGAUAGAUUAAAAACAAGUGCAGACACAAGAAAUAAAUACUAUUACACUCUGACUGUGAAUUGUUAUUACUACUGUUGUUUUGUCAAUUGUAAACAAUAAGAAAUAAAUAAAACAAUACAAUAAAA